AUGUUCAAUAUAGAAACGUACAUUACACCGAUCCUAUUAAGCUACCUAGAUAAAUAUGUCCAAAAUUUUAAAGCAGCCGACGCGCAGGUGUCAUUAUGGGGAGGGGGAGUAACUUUACACAAUUUGGUAUUAAAGGCAGGUGUGUUGCAACAAGAAGUGGCAUUGCCUUUUACAUUGAUCUCGGGCAGAAUUCACGAAUUAUUGAUACAAGUACCAUGGACAAAGAUUAUGUCUGAACCCAUAGUAGUUACUAUAAACACAAUAGAAUGCAUUCUUAGUCUCGACCCAUCAAUACCUGAUGAGACUGUAUUACAAGAAAGGCGCAGAAGCCAAGUGGUUGAAGCCCCACCAGGCUACAUGCAAGCAUUAGUUCGAAGAAUCGUCAGCAACAUAUCAGUGAGAAUCAAUUCCCUAAUUGUAAAAUAUGUCCACGAUGAUAUUGUACUAUCACUGACAGUCAAGCGGUUAGCUAUUGACAGCGUUGGUGGUGAUUGGCAGCCUCUUUUUGCUGACAUAGAUCCUGCGGACCCUCAAAUCAGACGUUUAGUUUGUUUAGAUGACCUCACCUUAUGCCUUGAUAAAAGUGACUCUGAUGGCAAAAUAAGAUUUUAUCAGGAACCAGUUCUCUACAGAUGCCAACUUGAUCUAAGGGUAUUAACACGGUUAGUUUCUGCAAAAACCCGCCGCGCGAGCAGCUUCGUAGUCCAGUUGCGUUCGAGCCUUAUGUCAUGGGGUGUGACUAGUGAGCAGCUUGAGUUACUACUGCGACUGCUCCGGGACAAUCCUCUAGCGAACAGGAAACCUAUGUCUCCAGCACCUAAACAGUCAUUUAUGCAACCUCCUUUACAUUCAGCAGCUUCAAAUUCAGCAGAACCAGUGCGAAGCGAGAGUUGGUCGCAGUGGGCUUGGUCUUGGCUACCAACAUGGAUGGAUAGAGAAGGCUUCGAGGAGUCUCCAGCGCCGGCCGCUCCUAUACCUCUCGCUUUCACGGUGUACCUGGAGCAAGUAGCGCUUGUUUUUAAGGUUUUAGAAGAAGAGUUUGGUCGGCAACGCAGCCGUAAUAUUCUAUCCCUCUCAGCGAAGCACGCAGUUGUGAAGGGUUCCAUUUGUUCACCUACAUUGCUUCGAGUGAAGUUUGGAGCGAGGGACGUCUCGCUUUCAUCUAAUGGAAGGUGUGUUUGCGGACAUGAUAACAUUAAUACGAUAAAAGAUGAACCCACUGUGUACUUGGUUAAAACAUAUGUUGAUGAAGAUGACUGGAAAUGGACUGAUGAAGAUUUUAAUGGCCACAAAAUUGAGCUUGGCGUAGCUGCUGAUGAGCGGAUGAGUGAUUCUCCCGUUGACAUGUCUGAAAAUGCACAAGCGCACCCGGAAUGUAGUCAACGACAAAUGAUGGCACAAACAAAUGUAGCUGAUGAUGACAAGGAGGUGUUUUGGACUAAAAUGUCACCUGUUUUUUAUGUCGAACUGAGCCAUGACAGAGCACCAUCCGAUCAGCUUGUUAACCCAUACGACAAUCCACCUAGGGAUUUUGAGUACAGUGACUGGGUAGAAGAAUGCGUUAUAAAAGUUGUAACACAACCAUUGUCUCUACAAGUUUCCGCAGACCUGUUACAUCGAAUGGGCGUUAUUAAACAAAUACUUGAAUCGUCCUUAUUUCAGAACCAAGAUCCACCUAUGCGUACUCUAACAGUUGAAGAGUGCGAGGCACUAUCAGAUAAUUUACCUCAACGCCGCAUCGGCAUUGAAAUGAAGGGUAUGCGCGUGCGUCUAAUACCUUGGGACCAUUCAUUGACUGAGCGACCUCGCGAAGUACCAAUCGUGUUAGAUGUAGAAAUACCGAAGGCAGUCUUAAACGUCGCUGCUCCACUCUAUCCUCAUAGGGUUUGCUCAGCAGCAUGUCAGAUGCCGUAUAAAAGUGAGCCGUUGUGGCAAGGGGCGCGACUCCACGUUUCCGGGAAUGUUUCCCUUGAAGCUCGUGUAUGCUCACUUACCGACCAGCAACCGCGGCCGUGUCUUCGCGCUCAGCUCAAUUUUGUAACCCAUUCUCUUCUACAUAAGGAUUAUUUUACAUCGCGCAAGAUUCCCGACUUCAACUAUACAGUAAAAAUACGAGAAGCCAGUAUUUGUGGAUCUUCCGCCCGUCUACAGGCUUCAUAUUUAGUCCCUAUGUCAUUGCUUAUGAAAGAAACGUGUGCAUUAUUAAAACAUACUACGUUGGCUAGCGAUGCCUUAAGCGAUGAAGAGGCGGUCGCUAUUGAUGUUGCAUUUGAAGAGUUGAUGGUGUGGGGCUACAAAACUAAACAGGUCCACACAUAUGUACUGACUCUGCGCUCUGUUAAGACCACGGCACACCAUGCUCCUAAGGGCCUGGAUCCAAAACAAGUAUGGCUAUUCUCCGGUCCUGAUUCGCCGACAACAACACAAUACCUUCGCACAAGAUUCCAGUUUUGCAAAGUGCCGAUGGAAGAUUCCGUCGACUAUUUGGGAAUAUGGUUAGAACCAACAGCGUUCUGCGUGGAUCCACUGUUGGGAGCUUGGCUGGCGUAUCGACCCAAACAUAAAAUACUAGAAUCACGUUCUACUAUGUCACUCAUAAGGACGACACCAUCUGCGCAGUAUUUAUCAAGACGGAGACAAACACCUCCGUCGUCAAGUGGACGCGGCGGUAGUCGUUCCGGUUCGGGUACAGAGCAAGUACACUCAAGAACACGAAGUUUACAUUCAACUCAAUCGGGUAGUGAAAAGAGUGAGAAAAGAGAAGUCAAGUCUGUUGCACAAACUCCCAACCCAGUACCGGAGUCUCGCUGGUCUGAAGAAACUCUAUUGAAAAUGUAUGAGCGGUUAAAAAGGCUGUUGAUAGCCGUUGAAAUGGGUUUAGUGCUUGUAUAUGUCACCUCGAGUAGUGCUGAUGCUGCUGGAUGUGAGACUGUAAGGGAUGCGAUAGAGAGACACGCUAUGGCGUCGCAAAAGGUUCUAGUAAUUAGUUUGGGCCGCUGGUCCGUCAUCUCUCCUACUACAAAAAACCUAUGGGACGAAGUCAAAUUGGAUGGGCCUACAUUUUUUACGCCGAAGAAUGAUAAAACAACAGUAGUAGAAGAUGCGUUCCCCUGGAGAAUGCGUCUAGCUGAUGUUUCUUGCUACACACUCGAAGUCCGGGCGGGUACUGAACGUUCUGGAAAGGAAAAAGCAGCCAAGGGACUGAAAUCGCAAUUGAAAAGCACACAUGUGACGUCAUCUAGAACGAUCUUGGAACUGGUCACGACCUCUAUAACAUUGUCUCUGGUCGCAAAAUCUAUGAAAAUAAGGCUACAUCCGAAACGGACAGAACCGAAACGACGGAUGGAGUCGUGUUCUCAUGAUGAUCUAACUAAAUAUUUUACAAGUGGAAUAGACUUCAAGCCAUCGACUUUGAAAGAGUUCGUACGCGGACCAUCCAGACGCAAAGGCCAAAGUAGCCCAGAGCGAAAAGAAGCAGACCAGGAUCAGGCAACAAGUGAAGAUAUGUAUGUCCAAAAUGGGCCUAUUGUGUCUUUGGGAGUAAAUAUACAUGCAGAUACGCCUCCUGUUAAUAUUCGCCUGGACCAGGAUCAAAUAAGCGUGAUAGGUGAAGCUAUUCACAACUGUAUCCAUGUGUUGAACUUACUCCAAAAGCCGCCUACGGUAAUUCCGAAGCCUUAUCUUUCAUCAAGCUCUCAAAGGUCCCUACUGAGGUGUACAUCAGAAUUAGAAACUCAAAGUGUAUCCAUAGACGCCGAGAGUAUUCAUCCAUCGGAAGAGUUAAUUCCGAUAUUCGAGGCCUUUCCAGAAAAGGAACCUGAAAAAUUGAAAACCUUUCUCUGGUUCCAAUGGGUUGUGAGUCAUGCUACGUUAUUGGUUACCACCCCACAGUUGAAGCUGGCCUUCGAUACUGAUGACGUCAUUUGUAGUCUGGAUAUGCAGGAAAGAUAUAACCAGUUGAAAAUUAAGGUUGCGUCGGCAUCUGUAAGGCAUUAUGAACGAACUAGCAACGACGAGUGGGUGGCUGGUGUUUUGGGGGGCAGAGUGUUGGAAGCGCGCGAACCUAUCAACGCUACAGAAGAAAGCGACUUUUUGGCUAUUACAGUUACUUCAGUUCUAAUCUCUACGUUACCAGCGAGCUUAAAUGAAGAGUUGACUCUUAAGUCCUUCAGUAAAAGCAAAGCGGAGGACUGUAUAUUUGAAAUAUACUUAGCUCUUGCACCACUAGAAGCAGUACUGCGGCCGAAUAUUCUAGAGCAAAUUGUUAGCAUUGCUCGUGAGUUUACUCCAAAAUCUGUGUGCCCAAAGCUACAUCAAGAAAAUGGGUCUCAAGAACUACAACGGCCACUCGUAUAUGUAAAUGCGGGUGGACUUCGCCUCCUUCUUGCUGAUCAGAUUUACUCCAACACUGAUGAUACAAUAAUGUUUGUGAUGGGCAAAACUACAGUAAAUCCAUAUCCACAAAAUCCUAUAUGCAGGAACACCGUGAAUCCGGCGCCUGAUAAUACGUGGAUAUCUGGUUUGGUCUUAGAAGGUCGUCAGUAUGAAGUCAUAGUGAAAAGCUUAGCGCUGCGAUCCGUCAAAUUCCAACAAUUAGCUGACCAUGAGGUAUUACAAUCAGAAUUGUUAAAAACCAGUGGCGAAAACCCAGCAUUGAAAUGGAGCCAAGAAAUCGCGUCACCCGUUAUAACGCCCAUUUUACAUUCAAUGGACGUGAGUUUGGUAUUAGCGCCACCUGUAUACGUAAUGGGUGCUUUAAUAUGCGGUCCCGGUGUGGAAAUCAACUUCGUGACAGACUGUUCAUUAGAACUAAGCCUAAAUCGUUUGAAUAUGAUGAUAAAUACACUCCAAUCGUUUAGCGAAACGUUCGAAAACAGAGAGAACUUUUCGUGUGCCCAUCUUGCUGAUAUGUGUCCAUAUGCUGGCCUGACUGAAGAUGAUAUUAGUCCCGAUAUAUCAGUAGCUGAUAGUGAUAUUACUAUUGCUGAGGUAACAAAGAGCACGCAGGAGGUAUCAAGAAUUGUACGAACGGACUCUGGAAUUGUGACGUCGCAGAGCGGCCAUGAAAGUUUGCAAAAAAAAUCGGUUGCCUUCGUGGACUACAGUGCGAAAUCAUCAGAAUACUUUGAGCUGUGGAUCGCAAUGUGGCUUGUGGAAAUCUCGUUGUACGUGAAUGAUGACGGAUCGCAGGAAGUAGUAGAUCUUCGUCCCCCGGUAUCAUAUCGUCCCCCGACUAAAGAACCAGCGUCUCCGUUAAGUGAACCUAUGGUGAAGGUUAUAAUUGAAGAGUUCAAAGAUAGCAAGCGUGAUGACCCGCCAAGUUCUCUUGGCGCUAGUCGGAGCUUAACGGAAACCGUUAGAAACGCAGAUAGUGCAAAACAGAAGAUUGAUCUAGCGAACAUUCUACCGCUGGCGCGUAAAACGGAAGGAAACUUACCACUUGUUCACAUGACAUUGUCCCUGCCAAAUCUUUAUUUCUUCCGGCAGAAGAAUCGUAGACGGAUCCAGGCAUCAUUAUUCAAAUUAUGGGUGGGACUAGGCGCUGGUGAAACAGAUGAACAGUGGCAUUCGCCGCUUAUUACAACUGGCUGUGGCACUCUGGAUCCCGAAACUGGUAUUGAACCAGCGUUGCUUACUUUGCAAGGUGUUCUAGCUCCUAGUAGCAAUAGUAGCGGUGAAAAGAGACGUUAUCCUCUCAAAGUGGAGAUAGACCGACCAGUCCAACUCGAAUUGUCCACGGACAAAUUAAAACGUAUAAAAGGCAUUAUGAAAUUGGUGGAAAAAAAUGUGCCUCGCAACGAAGAUCCUAUCGUAAAGCGAGUUUCAAAGAAGCCACCUUUAUAUCGAUUCCGGAAGCUUAUGGUCCAUAACAACAUAGAGACGAUAUCGAUAAGAACAAGUGACAUGGAAGUGAAGGGUGAUUUGGGUGCGAUCAGCUGGAAGGUGACGUCACUACAAGUUGGAGCUGGUAAAAAGCCAGACCGCCUCUCGUGUAAACUUCUAUUUAAUAUACAGACAUUUAUUAUCGGGUCUGCGGAUGUUCACCACUUGCUGCAACCAAUGGUUAUCGGAAUUUAUUUUGAUGCAACGUGGGAGGUUUGGCGUCGCGUCGAACAUACACUAUCCGCCCGCGAACCAACUAUACGGUUGUGUGUUGACUUGGAUCGAGCGAUUUUCGACGUAAGGCCUGAAGAUCUGGAUGCCUUGUUCCAGAUACAUAAAGCUGUCCAGGAUCUAGCGGACACAAGUGAGCUCGAAAGUGUAGACUCCAAGGAAACGGCGUCAGUAUCCAGUACUACAUUUCUCUUACAAUGUACCAAUACAUCUAGCAAAUGCCUCACGACCGUUCCUUCUGCAGGUGUUGGCUCGGAGACGGUGGAUAAUUUCUAUAAGGAUGAUUUUAGAAGCGGCGCUUUCAAGCUUGUGAAGGAAGGUCCUGUGCCAAUGGCUUACCAGAUACUGAUACAAGAAGACAGAGUGAUGUGGAGGUAUCCUCAUCCACGAGCGAUCGUCAAACUUGUGGUGUCCCCUGUUUCGGAUCAGGAGGAUGAAACAGAAUGUGUUCUAGAACUAUAUUCCCCACUCCUGUGUCGUUGGGAGAGACACAGCGUAUUUAAAAUACCGAUUACAGAAGAAACAGAGUAUCCUCUGUAUUUCAAAACUUCAGAAGCGGUGUUUGCCUCUCUGUGGCGUGUGAAGAUCUGUCGCCAUCACAAGAGCAGUCCCACUAAUUACAAGUUUGACAUAACCAAGUUUCUAUCGGGCCGGGACCCAGUGGCUUACAAUCCACCUCCCGAAAGCUACGCCGUUUUAAAUUCGCCUAUAACAGGCCAACAUUUAUUUGGCGUGUUAAGAAUGGAUUCUACCUUCGCACCGCGACUGCUACCGCGUCUAAGUCUAGCUGUAAAGAUUUCCUGCCUGGAACUAAACGUACAUAACACAAUGCCGACUAUAAACAGAGAAGCAAGAAAUCUAGAGGGCUACUACGUAUCAAGGCCUCUGUGUCGCAGUCAUCGUGUGAUGAACGUUCGCGUUACGGAUUCCGCUGUGCAUCUACUUGUCGCUACCACUCCGAAAGUCGUGUUCGAUGCUGAAUUAUCGAGCGACAUAAUAGAUAGUGCGACUGGUACAUUGGAGCCAUUUAUAACCGAGUUCCGGUCGCAAGGAGUGCUAUAUCUAGAGAAAACACCGCGUUUGUACGUGCGAGCGAGCAAAAUUGCUAUAGACAUCAACGUACCUCGAGUCUACACAGUGCGAUCGCUCGCUGACGAUUGGCUGCGAGCUCAUGGCCAGAAAUUUAAAAACAUGAAGUUGGCUUCCUUCAAAAAGCAGGCGAAUAAUCCUAUAGAUGCAUUAGACGGACGUGUAGCUCUUUGGGUGCAUAAUGAGUGCAGUGUUGCCCUACGGAUUGGUCAAGAGAGAACUGAAGAAGUUGUGCCUGUCGGCGCUGGAGUCAGUUUAGCAUAUCGAUGGCGCUCUCCUUUAGCACCGAAGAAGUUGCGUUUCGCUUUUGCUGGACCCUGUACCGAUUGGCAUUGGUCUAAUAGUAUAGAAUUUCGUGAAGGCUCUUGUAAGGUUUGGCUAGAAGAAUUGGAAGACGAGAGUACAACAGAAAAGUCUCUAUCAUAUAACGAUAACAAUACGACGCUCUAUAUUCGCGUGGAGGGUACGGGGGCAAGGCGGGAUAUGUAUCUGACGGGGCGUUUGUCACUUGUUAACGUGCUACGACAGCCAUUAGUUUAUAAGGUACGAUAUCGGCAUACUUCUGUCAAUCCUUGGCAGACCAUUACGGCGGGAGUUCUCAACCAAGAAGCAAUAGGCCCGAGUGUGCUUUGUGGCAACGGUAGUGCUGUUCUUAAAGUGAAGUUCACAUCGGAAGACGCUGGAUGGUCGGGCGACAUACCAGUGCAAGAGUGCCGAAGGGAGAAUUUUCCAUGGCUGGUUAAAAUACCAAGACAAGGGGAGGUGCCUUUUACAGCGGUGUGGUGUCGCGUCGUCCGGAGUCGUUCUGAUGGAAGAGUUAUUGCAGCGUUCUGGCCAUUUUAUGUGCUCACUUCGCAACUUCCAUUGGAUAUAAACAUGACAAUAACGUCUGAGUUUCGUUCGGACCCAGAACCCAAACCGCAAUACGUCAACUCGCAGACAGCGCCGGGUCGCGGUGCUUGUACUCACAUAUCGGCCCCUGGUACUUCUGGUGACAGACAUAAUUUGGUUAUACAAUAUAAAGAUUUGGAAUGCCCUGUGACUAAAAGCAAAGUGGAGCUACGAUACGAGUUAGCUGAAACACCUGUGUUUGAAGAGAGUACCCCAGUGCAAACGGUUGAGGAUCUUCUUGCGCUCUUAAAGGAAUGGCUUAACAAGUCGAGCCGUGACUCUAAUUCGAACUGGCCAUACACAGUUGUCAAGAAUCAUUGGAUUGGUACUUGGAAGCCAGCGUUGUUGCAGCCUAAAUGUGACGUCAAUAUUCGAUACAUACCGGUUCGGGUGGGCGGCGGUUGUGCCUUAGAAGUGAGGUUAUCCCCGAGAGUUUUAUUCGCAAACGCUUCAACUAUUGCAUUGACUCUACGUUCGUACGACGGAGCACCACUGUGCAAAGUGGAACCGGGGGUGGCUAUUUCGCCACCUCUUAUCAUAGUUACGAAACCAUUCUACAUUUCCGUGGAAAUGGGCAGAGAGACAUUUGUAAGCACAAAGCUGCAAGUGUGUAACAAGGAACCGGGACGAUACGUCGAGCCUUCGCCACAGCAUGUCUGGCUUGAUUACCCCACACGAUGCGCUAUACAUUGUAACCAUAAAGUUGCGCUUUUAUCACUCAUGUAUGAGUUAGAAGAAUCCAUUAAUGUUUUUGGAUUAACCUCGACGUACGCUAUUCGAAACUUGUUGAAAACUAACCUACUUGUCUCGACCAUUGCAGUACCAAAAGAAAAAGAACAGCUGUCCGUUCUAAGGCCGAAGACGUAUAAAGUAAUACAUCCUACCGCAGAAGACAGUCUUGAAUGCACGCCGCUGACAAGAUUCUCAAUACAAGGCCGGUGGCGCGGCGAACAUGUAGACGAACUCGACACAUUCUUGUGUUUCACUCUUGACGACAAGUUACUGGGUCCAGUAGCCGCACCCAUCUGCUUGGCUGCAGCACCACUGCGUCGUCCUAUAGCACUGAAACAAGGCAAUCGCGUGAUACCUGUGGUCGUUUGCCAACAACAACAUACGGGUCGAUGGAUAAUAACAGUUUCGGAGGAUCCGUGCCCACAGUUCUUGAUCCACAAUCGCACUGCUAAGCCCCUUGCCAUAGCCGAACCUGAGAAGACUCGUGACAUAAAAUUAACUGAUCAUGCUCCACGAAUCGGUACUCAGGAGUGUACGGGUGCGAAAUGGUGGUGUAUUGUGGAGGCGAACUCGAGCACUUACUAUUCUUGUCCGGACUACUACACGAACUAUCCACCUACGACCUGCACUAAGCGCCUACUUCUACCCCUGCUAGUCGGGAUUGUGAGAGAAGAAGCAGAUCCUGAAUGGAGCGAGCCAUUUUCAGUACACAACGGGGAAACACUACUGCAACUCAGUACCGGCAUAAUGAUCAAAUUGAACAUUAAAUGUAACCCUCACACUACAGUCAUCGAACUUCUAGAUGUUGAUCAGUGCGACUUGUCAGCCAGUGAGAUUCGCCGACAACUAAUUAUAUUGGAGAACUCUCCACAAGUUAUUGAGUCUGACGAUGUUAAUAGUACGAGUAAAAACAAAUUAUUAAACCGUCCACAAGAGUCACACGAACGAAACCUAUACAAAAUAACGGAUCGUUCUAAUGCGAAUAACACUUCUCAAGUGGAAAUAUGUAAAGAAGAGCUGGAUACAAAAAGUAAAGUGGUCAUGGUGGCGACAACCACGGAGAGAGGAUCACUUGAAAACUUAUCACAUGCCGUCAAAGAUGAUAUAAACGAAUCGCUGAAGACUGAAAGAGAAGCUGAGAGGGUCGCAUUCAAUGAACAAGCAGGUUACUCUACCACAUGGCAAGAUGGUUCCAAGACAGUGUGGUCAAAACGCAGUAACGAAAUGGAUAGAGUUCGUGCAUUGGUCGACAGUGUUACCAUAACGUUCUCCAAAUAUUCAGAUGAUCUUCCCAUACUCGCAGUAACAAUGCAACGUUUAUCAUUAUGGGCUAGAGAAAAUGCAAGGAAACAAAGAGUGUCGCUCUCGUUAGCCAACAUUCAAAUCGACAAUACACAAUACGAGAGUGGAGAAUACGACUUCGCAGUGGUCGCGACAACAGAUAUGCCCAUAGUGAGGGAUCUCUGGCCGCCACUAUGGAAUAUGAAUAUAGAUAUGUUCGAAAUGAUGGAAGACAAAUCUGGACUUGUGCUGAUCACGCGCAACGAUAGAUGGUCGGCCGGUGGUCAACAUUUCAACGAGCUCACGAAAUUGGAAGCCAAAGUCGGACCGCUCGGUCUCUACCUUGAAGACGCUUAUGUGACAGCGCUAGUGGAUUUGGCUAGAGUUGCUUUGCCCCCAACGGCUAGUUCCUCAGACAGCGAUGCCUUGACAGAAGCUGCGAACCUACGCCGCCCUCUUCGCAUACGUCGCCUCUACAUACACCCUCUGCAUUUGACUCUUACUUUACACACAGCGGUGCGAAUGUACAUUGCGCUAGACCAGAGUCCCCUACUACUCAGCGAAUUUGAGCUUCUCUACGUGAUGACGUCCCAAGAAAAUCUAGUCCGAGCGCUGACUGUCCACUAUUUGUCUGCAGCUAUACUUGGAGCCGGAUGGGUGGUGGGAGGUUUGGAUCUGUUGGGCUCGCCAGCGGCGGUUGCUGCCAGAGUUGCCGAGGCGAGCGGCGGUCUGCGCGGUAUUGCUUCUGCUGCUGGUGCUGCUUUGUUACGGUCGUUGAGCGCGUGUGCCCGUUCAGUCGCAAGAAACCUAGAUUUGCUGGCCGGUGAUGAAGAGCAUACUAGACGCGCGGCUGCUGCCAGACGGCGACAACCACCAAGUUUGAUGGCGGGUAUUGUAGAUGGAGUAUCAAAUUUUGCAAUCACCCUAUUAGGCGCAGUUGGUGGCUUAGCUCACCACCCCCUAUUAGCAGUUGUGGUCGGAGAGACAGAUAGCAGGGUAGUUGGCCUUCGAAGAGGUUUUAUUGGGGCCAUAGCGAAACCGCUCAGCGCAACAGCUGACCUCGUAGCUUCGGCUGGACAUGGGCUUCUCAAUCAAACGGGUUGGGAUCCUAUACCACAACCGCUUUGGUCGAAGAAGCAACUGAAGGAAUCUGCCGUCAGUUGGAGACGAGACAGCGUCCGUUGGGCUUUCCGUUUGCCAGAGAUGAGCGUCCGUGCUGGCUUUGAAGCGCAGCUUGGUGACUUACAGCUACAGCUGCUACUUACAGACAAGUAUUUGGUGAUAUUCGACACGGAAAUGGACCGAGUCAUCGAAUCUGUAAGUUUCAAGAACUGUGUUGUCGCCCCUUGGCUAGGUGGGGAAUGUAUUAAUGUACGAAUAUCUUUAAGAAAAUCUUCGAAGAUGUCACAAUUGCGAGUAGCCUCGGAUGACGACUAUGUUACAGAGAUAAAUCCAACUGCUUUGGCCCGCAUCGCUCGUUACACUGGUGCUACAGACGAAGGCGAACAAGAGUCAUCCCGGGAUUUAAGCCUAGUGCCUCACCCUGGAUUUGCCUGUGCUCUACACGCCGCUCUAACAGUAGCUGUACGCCGAAACACCUUAUAG